CCAAGAGGGAGGGGAGGGAGUUUCCAAAAUAAACCUGGAAUUAUGGAGAGUCUUCAUACAGUGCUAGCACCAAUGCUGCUAGUUUGACAGGGAAUAGGAGUAUAAAUGCAGACUGGACAAGCAAAGAGCCAUUACUUUCUAAUCACUCAGCUUUUUCACUGAAAUGAGAGAUGGAAAAAAAACGUUUAGUCUGUCUCCCUGGCAAAAUUUAUAUGCAGAAAUUCUAUAACCAACAGGCAUUACAAUAUCGUCUUGAACAAGCAUUGUAAGUUGUAAGAGAACUGGAACUGACUGCCUCCUACACAGACUGUACUUUUUUUUUCAGCAGUAGAGGUGCAUAUUAGAACAUCCUAGAAAUGUUCAGUUUGCCAAGCUAGACAGUAUUUGUGUCUAAUUACACCUUUGGAUGAUCUGCUUUAUUUUCUCCAUCUCCUCUCUACAUUUCUUUCUCUCUGCAGCUCACAGUACCUUUAAAGCUGUAGUUUGUGUUUGCUUGCUUUCUGGCAUAGAGGGUGUUUAGUCUUUAAGACACUGAUGGAUUUACAUAAAGAGAUCACACAAGUUUUUAUUGAAAUGCACGUUCUCUUUCUGUGUGGAGUGAGAUCAUAUUGUUCUUUUACAUACAGAGAACUACACUGAACAGUGGUGGUGUGGGACUGCAAGAAAGUAAUUUACUCUAAACAGCAAAACAACCAAACCGCUAAUGUUCCAGUGAACAGCUCCUCCUGAAUUCUGAAACAAGACCCACCAGGUUUAGCAGAAGAUUCAAGCUUUUGCCAGUCAGAAUCAUUUCACUCUGAGACUUUCUGAUAUUUGAAAACUUAAUCAGUCAGUAUACUUUAGGCCAGCACUGCACUGACCUUCCUACCCUCACAGAAAUGGAAUUAAAGGAAACUGCCAUUUUGCUCAAAUGUUCCCUCAACUCAAAUGUGAGUGAAACAACAGGGUGAAGCGCCUUUAGAAAAGGCAGCAUCAGUGAGACUUCAACAAGGAAUCUCUGGCACAUCUUGUGGGAUUGUCACAAAGUUCAUUGGCUGAAGAAUUUCUUGAAGGUAUCUUGGAGAGUCGUAAUUUAAAACAUCCUCAAAUCCAUUUGCCUCACGGUUCGUCUGAGAAAUCUCUGGGUAGAUGCAAAAUGAAAUCCUAGGGUGUCCGCUGUUAGGAUUUGUGUUAUGAGACACUGGUGGUAAUAUUCUGUCCUUGUGAUGGAAGAAUGAAGGUGGCUCUGGAUACUUGUAGGCAAUUUUCUCCAGAGGAAGACAAGAUAAGAGGGUCUUGAUUUAAAGCUUUAAUCAAAAGAAGGGCUGUAUAGAUGUAGUGUAUUUAAUUGUGGUGCCUCUUUUUAGACAUUCUCAGUGUCCUAAUGCAUUCCUACUUCUGUUUCCUAUUCUUUCAUAAAAUGCAUGCCUUUCUCUUUUUUUUAAUGAGGGAGGAUUGGGGUGGUGGUGUUGCUGAUUUAUUUUGCUUUUCAUGUAUGUUAUUCUGAGGGCUGAAUAAAUAAAAUAGUUAAACUGGAGAAAGGGAAACUGUAGUGAGGAGGGGUGAGAAGGUAGGAUGUCACUGAGUGUUUGAGCUCGAUCAGUUUUUUGUGGGGGAAGGUUCAAUGAGUCAUUUUUUAUUGUGGCCAUCCUGAGAUGUUAGUUUAGCAUGAAAGACCUGAUUUAGGUCUCACUGUAGUCUUACAUUGGUGUAACUCAGUACAGUUAUUCCAAACCACCAUCCCAUUCUGGGGUCAAAAAGUACCUCUGCUUUUAGACAGUCUGGGCUUUGAGGGGAGAAAGGUGGACACUACUUCUCCAAUAUAUAAAUAAAAUAAUCUGGAAUUAAUCUUUCUGUACUGGACUGUCCCAGUGUUCUCUCUUCAUUGUUGUUUUUACAGAGGCUGUAGUGCUGUAUCGAGACAACAGUAUUUGCUGAUACAAGUUUUUUGGGGGGAGUUUUCCAUGCUGUAGAAAAUGCUAAACCAUACUAAAAAGCCAUCUACUGUACUUGCUAUCACAUGUGGUGUGUAACACUGUAGAUAGACCUAGCAAAUCUAUCUAAGUUGUAUAUGGUCAAAGGAGACAAGUAUAAAUUUUGCCCUGUGUUUUUGACUAUUGAAGACUUUGGGGUUUCACAGGAGCUUUCUGGUAAGUUCAUUAAGUAGGCUGGAUUUUCACAGAACCAUUAAUUCGUAUAUAUCUUCCCCAGAUGCUUUAUGAAUAGAACAAGUUUAGAUGGAGAUAAAUAGAUAUAAAGGGCUAACAAAUAACUAAGUAUCAAAAUGUCCUUAAAGAUAUACUUAUCCAGGAUUUUAGCAUUUAAUCUUAUGGACUCUAAUAAAACAAGGAUUAAGAAGAGACUAUAUGUUUUGGUAGAAGCUUUCACGGGCUUCAGAAUGCAGCCUGAUUUCUCAGCAGAAUAUGGAGUGAAUACAGACCUUACAAGUAUGAGAACUUCAUCAGUCCCUCAGAAUAUUAAGUUUAUAAUGGAUAAAAUCUGAAGAUGCAAAGGGCAUGGGGUUAUACAAAUUUAGAAAAAUGAAGUGACAGGUGCUUACCCUCAUUUUUUCAUGCUAGCUUUGCCAUGCCAUUUUCACCAAUAACGAAGGCAGCUGCCAGAGCUCGAGGAAGUCGGGCGAAAAAUUCAGCUGGCAGACUUGUAUAUGGUAUCUCGCACACUUCCAUGUGCUUUUCUUAUCUGGUGUCUUCAUGAGUUCAUAAAUAUUCUUCUGUUGCCAAUGGCUUAACAGCUAUAUGUUUCUCAUGUAACACAAACUGAAAGGCUACUUCCUUAAGGCGACACAAAAAUGGAGGUACUGAGGUGGCCCCUGCUACUUGCUCCGUGUCUCAGCAGACUUUUAAUGAGGCUUCCAGAUAGGCUACUGCAACUGUCUCUUUCAGUCGUUAAGAGUCUUCAAGGAGGUCAGCCACUACGAUGAAAGACUAUCAUACACUUGAACAGGUCUGAAUUUCCAUUCAGGAGGGAAGGAAUUUGUACACAAAACCCAUCCAGCAGCACAUCAGUGUGUGUCAAAGGGUCAUCCAAGUCAGUGUGGUUGCACGUGAGCAACUGAAGGCAGAAUUUGGCUCAUGCUGCAUGAAGAAAAGCAAGCGACAGGUAAAGUAGCAUUAACCAGAGCUGUUAGGUUCCAAACAAGGACUGGAAGAGUUGAAAUUUCCCCUUUUCCGCCCCACACCUUUUACUAUGACAUGUGUUUUGGCUCAUGUUCUCUUUAUCUCUCCAGCUUCCAGGGUUUGCCCAUCAUCUUCCUUCCUUACCCCAGCUCUCCAAACUGAGACUUCAUUGACAGGAGGGGUAUGAACGAGGAUGGCUGGUGGUAGGGAAGAUGAGAGGGUUGGGGAGCUCAGAUGAGGGGGUAAUGAGUACACAUAGGGGUGAUUGUCAGGUGGACUGGGGGACAAUAAGACAUGGGUGCCUGUCUGUCAGCCUCAUGUUUUCCCCCUUCUGUGUGUGCAGGAUCUGGGGGGUCCAAGGCCCUCUUCCACUCCGCCCUCUCUGUCGGGGUCCCUGCUUCUCUGGAGUGUCUGAGCCCCUCUCCCUGUUCCUCCACGUGAGCCUGGAUCUGGGUGAACUGAAGUAUUCAGAGAUCCUCUCUGUCUUGAAGUCUGUGGAGUUUGAAUGGAUCUGAAUGUCAAAAGAACAAAAAACUAACUUGGCAUAUAUCAAUAUGGAUAAAGAGCACCUGAAGAAAUGGCAUGUGUCUGUCUUUCACUUAUAAAAAUCAGAAGUAAAAGAACAACAGCCACUUCAGUUCAUAAGUAGAGUGGACUACAGAAUACUCAUGACUUCUUGGACACCAUCAACUGAAGGUAGUGUUAACUGUCUGGAGAGCUGAGAGUCAAGCCAUCAGGACACGCUGCUUUGUUUGAUUGGUCUCAGUCUUGAUUUGGCACAUGAAAGGAAAUGUGAGGAAGUUUCAAGCACAGAUCAUUCUGCAAGUCCAAAGAUUAGGGCUUUGAUCCAGUGCCAACAGAAGCCAAUGGGAGCCUUGCCAAUGACAUGGAUAGACAUAUGCAUGACAUCCCAUACCUGUACUCUGCAGUACCAAGUCCCAGGUUGCUGAAUCUACCAGUGGUUUAAGAGCUGACCACAUUUCUUUUGGGCUAUUGAAUUGUUUAAAAGAUUUUCAGGUUCCAAAUAUUCCUUAGAUCUCUGGAAGAAGAUGAGAUGAUCGAUCAGGAGACUGUGGUCAGCACGAAGAUGUGAGUGAAUAGACAAGUGCCAUGGUAGCAAUAGAAAGAGGGGCUCGGCUCUGGAAUACUUGCGCCAGAUGACACAGACGACUCAAGAAUUGCACCAUCAGACCUUCUAACGUUCCCAGUGGCUAAAGCAGGACAGGUCCUACCCAUCAGGGAGCUGGUACUGGCUGCUGCCCCAGGGGAGUGGGAGAUCCGGGUUGCAGCAUUGUGUCCUGCAGACCAGGAGACCACUCAAACAAUUUGAUGCCACAAUCCACCACCAAAAACUACCUCUUGAUUGUUGUGGGAUAGGCUGCUACAUCCUUCAUCUCUUUCCAUCACCACCACCUUUUCUUUGGCUAAUCAAGUUUUUGCUCUGAUUUGGAAUGAAGCCAGAUUUCGACAUUUCAAAAUCCUUUGCGAAAUAGAACUUUUGUCCUCUGCACAGCUCAUCUCAACAUACGUGAAGAGCAAAAUGGUCUCUACACUUCCUGGAGCUGGCCAGAAAUGGGAAAAGACAACAUUGCUAAUUUCACGAGAGUCUGUUCUCACAAGCUUUCUAGGGAAAGUCUGCAAGUCAAGAUAUUCAAAGGCCUUCCAGAAUUCCAUCUGCUGCAACUGGGGCUAACAUAGCUUCAGGUAUUGCCAGAAUGACAACAGUACGUGGGUCUGCUACAGUGAAAACUACAAAGUCCUGCAAAAGGCAAAAAAGUGUGAGGCAGCAUGCCAGCAUGUACGCAUACAAGGAGCCACCCCACAGUAACUCAGCUGAUGAUAAUGGUGAUUUAAAUACUGACAGCAAUGACCCGGAGCAGAUCUUCCAGAAUAUACAAUUUCAAAAAGAGAUCAUGGCAAACAUCCGUUGCAGACCAUGGCCUAUGAGACACAAGCUGAGGGCACUCAGACAAGCUAAGGAGAUUGUGUUGAAAUAUGAAGGCAGGCUCACUAGAACAAGAGGUUACCAGGCAGCUGGUGCAGAGCUCUGGAAGAAGUUUGUUCGGCUUGCAUAUAACUUUGUGGUAAUCUUCAUUCCUUGGGAAAUGAGAAUAAAGAAAAUAGAAAGUCAUUUUGGAUCCGGAGUUGCCUCUUAUUUCAUCUUUUUGAGAUGGCUAUUUGGAAUCAAUAUUGUGCUUACCAUAAUGACAGGAGCAUUUGUGGUCUUACCAGAGCUCCUGGCAGGAGCGCCAUUUGGAAGCACUAUCAGCAAGACCAUCCCAAAGGAGCAGUUUGCAUCAGCACAGGACCUGGACACCAUCUGGUCACUGGGGGGUUAUCUCCAGUACUCUGUUUUAUUUUACGGCUACUAUGGCCGAGAUCGGAAGAUUGGGAAAGCUGGGUAUCGGCUGCCCCUGGCUUACUUCCUUGUUGGAAUGGCAGUGUUUGCUUAUAGCUUCAUCAUCCUCUUAAAAAAAAUGGCAAAGAACUCAAGAAUGAGUCUAGCAAGUGCCUCUGAUGAAAAUUAUACUUUCUGCUGGAGAGUGUUCUGUGCUUGGGACUAUUUAAUAGGAAAUCCAGAGGCUGCAGAAAGCAAAGCUGCUGCAAUAGUUAAUAGUAUCAGGGAAGCUAUAUUGGAAGAGCAGGAAAAGAAGAAAAGCAAAAACCUGGCUGUGACAAUAUGCUUAAGGAUUAUUGCAAACAUCCUUGUGCUUCUCUCGCUUGCUGGAAGUAUUUACAUCAUUUACUUUGUUGUGGAUCGAUCCCAAAAAUUAGAGCGCACCAAAAAGGAACUGACGCUUUGGGAGAAAAAUGAGGUGAGUGUUGUUGUUUCACUAAUUACUAUGAUUGCACCCUCUGCAUUUGAACUUGUAGCAGCGCUAGAGAUGUACCACCCUAGAACCACUCUUCGCUUUCAGCUUGCCAGGGUUCUCGUUUUAUAUCUGGGAAACCUCUACAGUUUAAUUAUUGCUCUGUUGGAUAAAGUGGACAGCAUGAGUAUCGCUGAAGCUGAAGCUAACAGCAGUGUAAGUAACUGGAUAGAUUCUACCACCUUCUUAGCAACCAGAACCCUUCCCGAAGAAGACAACUUAUCUACAACUAUCCCUGAUAUAAGAAUUAGGAGAAACAGUACAUUGACUCUGGAAAAGAGUCAUACUCAGAACUACACAAUACCUCUCGUGCUGGUUAACCAGACAACUUCCCAUCCCUACAACAUGCAAAGUCAGAAGGAUCAGUGCUGGGAAACAUACGUUGGUCAGGAAAUGCUGAAGCUGUCAAUUAUUGACAUGAUUUUCACAGUGGCAAGCAUCCUGCUAAUAGACUUUUUCCGUGGACUAUUUGUCCGAUACUUAAGUGAUUGCUGGUGCUGGGAUCUGGAAAGCAAGUUUCCGGAAUAUGGAGAAUUCAAAAUUGCAGAGAAUGUGCUACAUUUGGUCUACAACCAAGGAAUGAUUUGGAUGGGAGCCUUCUUUUCACCCUGCCUCCCAGCAUUCAAUGUUCUGAAGUUGAUUGGGCUUAUGUACCUGAGGAGCUGGGCUGUGUUAACAUGUAACGUACCACAUCAGCAGGUUUUCAGAGCUUCAAGAUCUAAUAACUUCUACUUGGCUAUGUUGCUCUUUAUGUUAUUCUUGUGCAUGUUACCAACUAUUUUUGCUAUUGCCCGAUAUAAACCAUCUUUAAGCUGCGGUCCAUUUAGUGGACAAGAGAAAAUAUAUGAUAUUGUGUCUGAAACAAUUAAAGCAGAUUUUCCUGUAUGGUUCAACACAGUGAUUAAUUAUAUCAGCAGCCCUGUAGUUGUCCUCCCUGCAUUAUUACUUCUAUUCAUGCUAAUUUAUUACCUGCAGAGUAUUGCAAGGUCAUUAAAAUUCACCAACAGGCAACUGAGGAUGCAGAUCCAAAGUGAAAGAACCGAAGACAAGAAAAAGGUGGUUCACAUAGCAGUAGCCAGAAUCCAGAAUUUAGAGGGAAAUGACAAAAGACCAGAGCAGGAGAAUGACCUCACCAGUCAGGAGUCCUCAGCUCGGUCAUCAACACCCCGAAAGAAUGGCAGCGUCUUGAAUUUUGAAUCUCCAAUGACCAAAGGCAACAGAAUACAAACAAUCUCACAAUCUAUACCGCAAGCUGAUAUUUCUAGGCCAGUGAAUAUAACUCCAACCCCCUUAAUACCAACUCCCACUGUUCCUAGCAUACAGAGGCGUAGAAUUGAGCAGGUUGCAAACAGGUACUCAAGUGUUGUACAUGGAAGUGCAAGUGAGCUCUGUAAAACAAAGCCCUACACUCCUGUGACUUUCAAAAAGCGUGUUGAAGAUGUUCAUUCUGAGCCUCUUUUUAGGAAAGGUAUCCAACAAGUAAAUCCAGACACUCUUGGGGCAGAAGCUCCAGCUUUUGAGGGACGCAAAGUGCCCACCACACGGUAUUUUAUUGUUAAUGAACAUGAAUCCCGCAAAAAGCUUCUCCGUUCCACUUCCCGGCUCCCAAGGCAUUUCAGAAUGGAGGAGUCAGGAGACAUAGUUGAAUUAUAUCCAAGGAACGUCAGAAGAUAUGUGGUUCGAACACCACACAGGACAUACUUCCCUCACUUCAGUGAAGAGGAAGAGGAGGAGGAGGAGGAAUUAAGGAGAGACUUGAUAAGCAGAUCCUACCGUCCACGCUCACUCUCAGAUCUUCGCCCAGCUCCCCGAUUUUACAUUGGUGAACGUGUGGACAGUCAAAUCCUUACUGGCAAGAAUCUAGCUAAACUGCACUACAAAUCCUGGGACGAUGGCUUUGAGCUAGAACGAGAGAGGCACCCACAUUCCCACAAAAAGUCACACAUGAAACAUGUGGAUGUCGAUCAGCACUAUCCAGAGCAUCAAGUGAAACCUAAAUCCAAGCAUAAACUUGAACAAUCUCUAACAGAGUCGGAUUCCAUUUCCAUUGGAUCCAGCAGUGAUCAGCAAACCAGCAGCAACGACCAAUACAUCCAAGUCAUUCAUAAUAAGGAGAAAUACCUGAAAUCUGGGGCAAAGCUUACCAGAAAGAAAUCAAAGACCAGCAUUGACCUAAACAUGUCUGAAUCUAAUGAACUGAUAUGUUCAAAUGUCUAGGAAAAUGCUCCCUUUGUUUUGUGUUAUGAACAUAUGUAUUUGUGGAGACCUUUUGGCUGCCAUUUGAACCACAGAGAACCGUUGAAAUAUAGUCUUCUGAACAACAGUAUAUGCAACUGCUUGAUGUGGAGAAAGCAGUAUUUAGCUUUCUGUUUAAUUUUAAUUGUACCCAAGUACAGUACGCAUCACAGAUGCAUUACAAAAAUCUGGAGAGAGAAGUAUUUCUGCAUUAUUGCUCAUUACUAUACAGUAAAAAUAAAAUAUGUACAUGGGGCUCCAGGAAUAAUUAAACCCAUGCAAAAGUAUGUCAGGGAGGUUUAUUUUACCUUCUUCAAGCUCUCAAAUAUGUGCAUAAUUUUCCCAGUCCCAACUGAAAAUGCCAUAGUUUGAAGAGGUCUGUGUUAUCCUAGGAAAAGGAUAUCCAGUCCAUCUCUCUGAAAAUAAAGGCUUCUUGCUUACAGUA